UGACAACAAUAGUGCAGUCCGAGCUAGUCGGGGCUUGCUGUCGUGAAGUGUUGGAACCCUGGCGUGUUUACUAACAGAUAUUUCACAACAACAACAAAUAAAAAAGGACAAAGUAUUAAUUUAAGUGGCUUGGCUAAUUUCCGCGCUGGAAGGCUAGCUCGGUGAGCUCGGUCUGGAGAGACACAGCGGCACAGCAGCAGUAAACAUGCCCAUGUCUGUGAGUAAAGCGUGCCGGAGUCUGGCUCUCUCCACCUGGCUGCUCUCCUUCUGUUUCGUGCACUUGCUGUGUCUGGACUUCACCGUGGCCGAGAAGGAGGAGUGGUACACCGCGUUCGUGAACAUCAGCUACCAGGACCCGGCCACCGCUGAGCUGAAGACGGAGAAGACAGAGAGCGGCCGCUACGGCGAGCACUCGCCCAAAAGAGAGGCCCGGGGCCCGGUGUUCAUCCCGCUGUCCGGCCACGACCGACAGGCCUGCGACUCCAGCACCAGGUUCCCCGCACCUCAGCCUGCACACGGGCCCUGGAUAGCGCUCAUAGCCAAAGGCAACUGCACGUACAGGGAGAAAAUCCGCCACGCAGCCAGCCUCAACGCGUCCGCCGUGGUGGUGUAUAACCUGGGGUCGAGCAGCCCCAAUGAAACCAUCACCAUGCCCCAUGCAGGAACAGGAGACGUAGUGGCCAUCAUGAUCCCAGAACCAAAAGGGCGAGAGAUCGUUGCCUUGCUGGAGAAGAACGUAAGCGUGAUCAUGCACAUCACCAUCGGCACGCGCAACCUGCAGAAGUACGUGAGCCGAACCUCCGUUGUGUUCGUCUCCAUCUCCUUCAUCGUGCUCAUGAUCAUCUCUCUGGCGUGGCUCGUUUUCUACUAUAUCCAACGGUUCCGCUACGCCAACGCACGCGACCGCAACCAGAGGCGACUGGGAGAUGCUGCAAAGAAAGCCAUAAGCAAGCUCCAAGUGCGCACCAUCAAGAAAGGCGACAAGGAAACAGAGUCAGAGUUUGACAACUGCGCUGUGUGCAUCGAGGGCUACAAGGCCAACGACGUCGUAAGGAUACUGCCAUGUCGACAUGUGUUUCAUAAGAACUGCGUGGACCCGUGGCUGCAGGACCACAGAACCUGUCCAAUGUGCAAGAUGAACAUCCUUAAAGCACUCGGCAUCCCGGUGAAUGCAGACUGCUCUGACGACGUCCCUCCUGACUACGAGCUGUCCGUCGGCGGCCCUCCCACCAACCCUGUGACCGGGGGCAGCGACGUGACCGGGAGCGAGAGCUCCAUGGUGCUGGACCGCCUGCCAUACCUUCACCACGAACCCGAGUCUCUCACACAGCUUGAAGUGGGACCUCGCAUCGCCAGCAGUGAGCACCAGCCUCCUCUGAGCAGCGACUCGGACACGUCACUCAUCCUGCCGCUGGAAGUUAGCCUGUCUGACGUCGAGCUUUCUGCUGAAGCUGAGCAAGAAGAGGCCAAGUCCUGAGUCGCACAGCCUGGAUGCUACAGAGGCACAGCUUCGGAGGGGGCUCCUAUGGAGCUAAAUAUAGACCAGGACCAGGAUGGAGGGGGGGGAAUAAAGAGGAAACAAAAAGAACACGAGCAAUACUUUUCCCCCAUACGACCUCGUUGAGUCACAAAAAAAAAAGGGUCUUCAUAUCUCGCUCUCUCUGGUCACACCAGGUCGGUCUUGAUGUCUCUUCUUUAUUAGUUUUGCAUUGCCACAUUGGAAAAAGCACACAGAGUUUCAAGAUGCCAGAUUUGACAGCUCUGCCUUUUCAAAUUUUCUUGUAGGAUCACUGCCACUGUACACACAUAUAUUCCAGAGUGGAUAUAUCUAAUUUAUAUACACACACGAGUAUGUACAGCGUCUGAAGCAGUCCGAGUGCAGUCCAAUCAACUGAAAAAAAACAAUGUUCUGUCGUGUCUCAAGUGGUCCCUUGAGAUGUCACCAGUGCUCAACCUUUCUAGAAUUUUAAAUUUUUUUCCCAAUCUGGCUGCGUCAAACAGCGCUUUUGCCGUCCACGUGGUGCGUUUUUUUCGAAACCCCCAAGCGCAACCAUCAUCAAGAGAGUGAGAUAUCGAGAAACGUAGAUUAUUCCAGAAACGUGUUUGCGUAUUAUUGAGAACGUUGGGAUUUUUUUUGUUGUCGUUAACUUAAAGAAGCCAGUUUGCUUGCUCAACACAUGAUUUCUCCGUCCGUAAAAAUGUGAACUUCGCUUUUAGGGAUUUUUGUAUUCUGAAGUGCCACUCGAGCUCGUGAAGCUGAGUUUUCCUCGCGUUCAUCCUGUCGUGCCAUAGAAGACAGGCAGGUCUUUACUCAGUGUGAGGAUGAGCAGCGAUCACGUUGAAUGUUUCCUUUUUCUUUCCUAUGGUUUUUUUUUUUUUUUUAACCACGUCUGAGGAUUUCAGUACGAGCACUACUCGACCGCGUCGUCUUCUGCUUCUUUCCGAAGCAUCCUCACGUACCAAGUCUCCCUUCCUCCUCACAAAGGCUUAGAGCCCUUGGCCAAAAGUCAAAACUUUUUGAUACGCAAGCGUGUCUGCGGUUUUCCAGCAUGGAAGCGUGAGCUUGAAUAGAAUCGUCGUAGAUUAACGUCACUCAUUAAAGUCGGGUUUUAUUUUCGAAUCGCGCAUCGCAUAUAGGAGAGCACAAGUCUAAUGAACGACUUUUAUUUUAAUAUCAAAGUUUUAUUUUUCUAAAAAGAAAAAAAAAAAAAUCAAAGAAAUGAACAGGCCCUGUUUACAGUCAGCAAGGAGGUCGGUGAAAUAGACGAAUCAGUCUCCCAUUUUUGCAUUUUUCCAAUUUCAUUUAAUCAUCCAAAGAAUAGUGCAUUAUUUAUUGCGUGUCUGUGUACAAGUUUAGUUUGAGCACAUGCCCAUGUGUGGUCUGAAUCUGUAACUAUGUCCUUUUCUACAGCAGGUGUUUUAACCCAACCUUUAUUCCAGCAUUCACGUCAGUUAGUGCAUCGGUGUUUAUUUUUGCCCCCCCCCAUACACAUCAUGUUUUAGAACCCCGACAAAAGCAAGUGUUUCCUUUUUUCCCCUGAGCUUUUUCUGUGCUAUCGUGUAUUUUCCACACAGGCUCUCGAACCACAAUGCAUUUGACUGCCUGGAACCUUCGUGUGUUUAUUUGAGCACUGAGUAAGUGCUGAAAGGAGUGUACCGGGAGGAGCUGUGUGCUGGCGGUGGGGAUUUAUGAACCUCUGACAAGUUGCCCAUUUAACAACAAAUGAAAUAAAACCACUUUCGUUCAUUUGUUCAGUGGUGUCAAACUUUUGGGUCUUGACAUACUGUAGCGUUAAACAGCACUGCAGAUGAUUGGCCGAGAGUGAUGUCACUGGAAAAGGGAACUCAGAACUCACAAUGAUGUCAUUUUCGACCUGUGCGUUCGAACUGCAAAGAAGAUUAAAGAAUUAUAAUGAAUCUUUAUUAAUCACAGCACACUGAAAUUCUUUUCUUCGCAUACCCCAGCAUGUCAGGAAGCUGGGGUCAGAGCGCAGGGUCAGCCAUGAUACAGCGCCCCCGGAGCAGAGAGGGUUAAGGGCCUUGCUCAAGGGUCCAACAGUGCAGCUUGGUAGUGCUGGAGCUUGAACCCCCGACCUUCCCAUCAGUAACCCAGAGCCGUAACCACUAAGCCAGCACUGCCCCACCACUGUGUAGAAUCGAUAUUUUGUUUACUGUUGAUGCUGAGCAGCCAUGUUCACUUGAUCUCACUUGCUGAACUCGGAGGUUGAGGAGACCGUCACGCGUUCUCAAGUAGGAAUUUGUGGGAGUGUUUUUUUUUUGUUUUUGUUUUUUUUGUAGUAUAAUACAUACUACGAUAUGAAGAAGCGAUACUGGGGCUGUUCUAAACACCCUCUAGACUUGAUUUCCAGUUGUGCCGAUAUAUCCCAGACACAUCAAAAACACAUCAUCACCAGUGAUUAAGAAAUCAGCAAAUGCCUUUGGAGGACAAACUAAAAGUUUGUUAGUUAGCACAUUGUCCAGUCAAAGUACAAAUAAUAAUAAUAAAAAAAACUGCAGACAAGAGCACCAUGUGUUUAGUGGAGUUUUUUAAUGCCUCCACCACUACUUGAUUUUGCGUUGUCCAUGCAUCCAUCCCAGAUCCUCAUUAGUGCUGUAUCACAAGAACAAGUGCUUCAAUGUUUGUAGGAUUUCUAUGUAAAUAUCAUUGCAACCGGCAGAUUUAGAACCGAUUUAGAUUUUGGAAUGGAUCCAGACAGGGUCAAGGUCAUAGCAAGUUCACAUGUCCAGUAGCAUUACGGACUUCAACUAUUUAAAAUAACGAAUCAUGCCGUCUUCAAUGUUUGUGUGUAACAAUUUUGCCCCACUUCUUGCUUAUUAUGCCAUUGUUAAGACUUCCUGAUAUAAUGCAACCGGAAUAGUUUGAUUUUUGAGUUAUUGAUCUCAACGUUAUCAGUGAUAUCACCACCAGCUGUUACUAAACGCACAGUGAACUGAAUUAUUAAGCAAAACGAUACUCGUUUGGUCCGGUUUCUGUCGACGCCACUCUCGGCCAUGUAUUAAAAUCUAUCUACCAGCACAAACAGCUUUUUACGGCACAGAUUAACACUGACGUUUGACUCGGUUUCUUGUUCGGGUGCCAGCUUCACAGAGCUACAUGAUGACGAUAUUAGGAGGAUAAUUAACAGCUUGUGUUGAGUUUAGUCCUCAACAGUCAGUCAAUAAGCAGAAGAUAUUGUAAUGUGCUUUCUUUGAGAUUCUUAUAGGUUUUGGUUUUCCCCCUACUCAUUUUGAAUCGUUCUUUAUAUUUAAACGUAAAGCCUUGCUCUCCGCAAGGUGUCUUCAUUUAAGUGUCAUAUUAUAGGAUUGUUACUGUUACUAUGUUAUUAAUAUGUUCUCGUGGUGCUCAUCGUGUAAUUUAUCAUGAAAAGUAACUUUUUUUUUCCCUGUUGACCCGUCACAGAGCUUGCCGUAAUUCAGGCUGCGUAUUUGCGAACCUGUGAUCUGCUCUGGAGUCUUAGAUUAGGUUAUGUAAUCGCACAGGGUUCAGCAUCUUUCGCCAAAUCCUCUUCACUCUUCAGUCUGACACACGGCUUACUCUCUCUCUCUCUCUGUGUGUGUGUGUGUGUGUGUGUGUGUGUGUGUGUGUGUGUGUGUGUGUGUGUGUGUGUGUGUGUGUGUGUGUGUGUGUCUUUACAAACGCAGCCCUUGUGAGCCAGUAAGAGGUCUAUCUUGAAUGAAACGAUAAGACGAUUGUAGCAUCUACAUGUGCAUGCUUUGUUUUGUGUGUUUAUCUCGUGUGUUAACUCCAUUGCUGGUGCUCGAAUGUUCAGCAUUUCCACUAAUAAUCCAUGCGUUACUUCCCACAAUUCUUUUAGUGACCUAAACACAAUUGCUCCAUCUUCAUACUUAGAUUGCGAAAGUUACUGAUACACAGCCGGUUUGAUUGGAAGAGUCAUGAGUCAUGUAGCAUUUCGUGCAAAAGUGGUUUCAGUGAUAAUUACGGUAAAUCAGAGACCCUGGGAGGCAGUACGAUGGCACAAUCUUGCUUUUUUGUUUGUUUAUUUGUUGUUCUUUUUUAAGUUAAAUAAUAACGGGCCUCAUUUUUCAAUCUUGGGUAAGUUGUUUCAAUGUUCUGGUAAGCCAAAACCAAAGAAUAAUUUUUUUUUUUUUUUUUUUGGUUAAGAUUUUCCUGAUACCCUUGUGUGUUCAGGGAAAAGCUCAUUUACAUUUACAUUUAGUGACACCCACUUUCAGAAUCGCUGAGAUUUUCACGCUGUACGGCUGGAAUACGGAAGUGGACACUACUCAAUUGCCUGUAGACGAAGUACACACUACACAGUCUUUCACUUGGAGAAAUCCCAACUGAAGUGCGCCCCAUUCCCAAAUCCCACUUUCUCACGAAAAAUAAGACGUGAGAGCUGUCACGACUAUUUGUAAUACCGUACGCCGGUAGGAAUCGUGUCGUGUUCGUUUUUAUUUUUGCCACUCCUAACAACCAUUUGACUAUGGCAUGUCAAACUAUUUCUUAUAGAAACAAUUGUGUGUUUACGUUAUGCUCUCUUACUCUCGCGUACGUAGACGGAUGAUAAACUGGAUUCAGGGAUCUGCUGCACAUGAGAUCAAGAUAUAUGUUUUUCAGCGCUGUGCAUGCGGCUAAUCGCUGACGGGGGUCACACUGCACAAUUCGUCACUUAGAAAAUCAAACAUGCUUGAAAAUAUCAGCACCUCGGCGAUCGCCGAGAUGAAGGAUGUAGUUGCGAAGCGCCAGAAUGAGUCCAUGACUGGAUCAUCGGGGUUAAAAUCACGCAGUGUGCGCUAGUACUAAAUGGUGAAAGAGCGCCUCCUAACUGCAAAAUCUUCCAAUAACACAGCUCAGCCAGUGCAGCAUGUCAGCUACCAUAGACACACACUGACUCUGGCUUCUUUUAUAGGGAGUCAUUACUUUUAUCCUCAUUUAAUACCUAAUUUUAUUUGUCUUAAUUUAUGGGUUUGUUCUGGAUUGCUUUCUUUCAAGUCAUUAACAUGAAAUGGCUAACAAUUUUCAGUACCUUUAAUGAGUGCAGUUCGGAUGAAAUCUGCCAAAUCACAAUAAGCCAUUUAAACUUUGCAGCGUAAUCUGUGUAGAAAAUUGCAGGAACUUGUCAGUUAUACCAUCUGGAGCCAAUUAAUCGAGUUUCAAAUGAGUGAGUCACCUUGCACGUAAAUUUCAUACAAGAAAAAUACAAAUGUUUUUCCCGACUAACCACGUUUUUUAUUUAAAAAAAUUUAGGAAUACCGCAUUUCUCGUGUAAAUGCUCCUGCGACCGAUUUUAUGAAUAAUUCUAUUCAUAUCCAGUUUGAUAAAUGAGGCCCAAUAGGAGUGUAAGCAAUAGUGUGCCAUUGUACCGUAGCUUCCUUUCGGCACUUACACCACUGCAGUCCUCUACAUUUCAUCAUCUUAUCAUUUCAGUGCUCCUUAUUUCAGUUAAGUUUGUGUACACGCCCUUUCAGAAAAGCACUUUAUCUCCGUGAAGGAGAAACAGAUACAAGAAACACACAGUCCUCCUGAUUUAAACUCAGCAGGGUGGUUGCUAAUCCUGUAGCAUUAGUUACUUACUCUAGGGCUACCGGUUUACAUAUGGCACACGUUUAGGAGAUUGUAUCAGCGCUACAACCAGUCGUAAGUUUAUUCCCCUUGAAUGACCUUGGGUUUUAAAGAUUGUUAAACAACUUGUAUACAUUAUCCAGCGGAGUUCAACAGUAUUGCUAUUUUGUUAUAUAGAGGACAGUGUAAAUAUAUUCAGCCAUCUUGGUAUACGGUUCUAGUACAAUGUUGCACGUGUUUGAGUCUUUGAUUGUGAGGUACAAUAAAUUUUAUUGCAUUUUUUUUCCAAA